CUCGGUAGGCGGGGCUGAACUACAAUUCCCGGCAUCCGUCGCGGCCUAAGGAACACCUCGCCUGUCAGCUGCCUGUGGACCGGGUGUCAGCGCAGUUGUUUUUGUACAGACGUCACUGGCUGGGGGAUUGGAGGUGACACCGAGCGAAGGACGGGAUCCCGGCAUAUGUAAACACGAGGCCUGGGGGUCCCCAGGGCCUGUCUGCCUGACAGCGGAAAACAUGUCUGAAAACUCUAGUGACAGUGAAUCAUCUUGCGGGUGGACAAUCAUCAAUCAUGAGGGUUCAGAUAUAGAGACACUGCACUCAGAACCUGGGGAAGCUGACCUUCCAUCAGAACACAGUACAACUUUUGUUGAAGAUUUGCAGCCAGAUGCCCCAGCAGAGACACCAGGUACAUGUAUCGAUGAGGACUCUUUGUCUGCUGUAGAGAAUAUACGGUCUGCUACAGAAGAACAUUUGCUGGCUGCUGAGGGGUUGUCUUCUUCUGGUGCAGUGUCUGAUAUCUUGCAUAAAAGUACAGAAUGUGACAAUGGGGAAGGUAUCUCAGUUGAUGAUGGUCACUGCGAGGCUGUCAGUGAUGACUCUGACAUUGUCACCUUGGAUCCUCCAAAGGCCGAUGAAGCUGGGACCCAAGGAGAAGGAGAAGAAGAAGAAGAAGAAGAAGAAAUCCCAGAGGAUGCUGCUGAAAACAAUGAGCUCAACAUGAGCUUUUCUUCAAGUAGUCAGUAUACAUUCAGUCAACCAGAAACCGUGUAUCCCUCCCAACACAGUGCAGAUGAGUCCAGCAAUGAUGAAGCAAGUGAUGAUUCUGGUCCCAUCCUGCGACGGCGACGCUCUAAAAGAUCAACUGUGUCUGUGUCAGAGUCUGAGAAUAAGCCUGCCGCUGACCAACCAGCCCAACCUGAGCCCAGAACACAGGCAAAAACAGGGAACAACCUUAACAAGUGCAUUAUCCUUGGUCUGGUUAUAGCUUUAAGCAUGGGCUUUGGGCAUUUCUAUGGUACCAUUCAAAUAAUAGAACGUCAAAAAUAUGUGGAACAUGUCCAUGAAAAUGAGCUAAAUGACAUGAAGGAUGACUUGGUUCAGUGUCAAAAGGAUCAAGAUGCCACAGUAGACCAGAAAGUGGUGGGGAAGCUUACAGAAGAUCUAGAGGAGAGAGAAGAUAUGGUACUAUCUCUUGAGGGGCUCAUGGAUAAAAUAGCCAAAGAAAAUCAGAUGCUCAAGCAAAAACACACCGAGCUAAAGUUAGACACGGAUGACCUGGCAACUAGCUUAAAAACAACAGAAGUGCAAAAUAGCAAUCUUGCUCUGGAAAACAAGCACCUUAGGGAGUCUUUAGAAAAGGAAGAACAAGCUUUAUCUUCUCUUAAAGAAGAGCUAAGAAAAUUGAGAGAGCAGAUUAGAAACCUAGAAGAAAAUGGAAGGCAUGAGACAAUACAGUCAGAAAACCAGAAGCUGAAAGAACAUUUGAAAGACGAACGGCAAAAGAUCCGCAGUUUCCGAACACAGAAGGAAGCUUUGCUAACAGAAGCCCAAUUUCUCCGGAAAGAACUUGACAACGAGAGGCAAAUUACAGAUUCUCUGAAGGUAGAGCUUGAGGAGAUAAGUAAUAGGAGAGCAUCUGGGGUCACCCAUGAGGCUGUCAAGAGCAACCAAGAAAUUGAACAUUUGAAGAACCGACUUUCUGAGUUAGAAAAGAAACUCAAUUUUGAACAGCAGAGGUCAGAUUUAUGGGAACGGCUUUACAUCGAAUCCAAAGAACAAAAUGAAAAACAAGAUGGUAAAAAUCCGCACGCUCAUCAGCAGUCAGAAGAUUCUAAUGAAGGCAAAUCAACAAACAAACAAAAAAAGAAAGGUAAAGCUACAUUUUUCAACUCAGUCAAAGAUACUUUUGAUGCAGUGAAAAAUUCAACCAAAGAAUUUGUGAGACAUCAUAAGGAAAAAAUCAAACAAGCAAAAGAAGCCGUGAAGGAGAAUUUGAAGAAAUUCUCUGAUUCGGUGAAAACAACAUUCCGGCACUUUAAAGACUCCACCAGAAGCAUGUUUGACAAAAACCGCUUCAGAAAACAUGCAGAUAGAAGAAGGGAGGAAACCAAAGAAGCACAUACUGCACGUCAAGAGUUCAAACCUGGCUUUGCAAAGAAUUUUCCCAACAAAGCAACAGCCACUGAACACGCGUACAAACACUCUCAAGGUGAUCAUAAAACUGAGGACUUUAAGGAUGCAACCAACCAGCCAUUGAAUGAUGACGAAACAAGCAAAAGCCACCAGCAAAAGGGUUGUUCUGAUGUUUUUGAGUGUGCUCACCAAGAAUCUAUUAGUCUAUUCAACAAGGUGCUGGACCCUGUGAGAGUAGAAGAAUUCCACGAUUUAAUGAAAGUAUAUUUACAAGAGCAAGUGGAUCAUUUCCGCCACUGGAAGGAACUAGAGAAGUUCAUUAGUAAAUUUUUUCAUAAUGGCGUUUUUAUUCAUGAUCAGAUGCUUUUUACUGAUUUUGUGAAUGAUGUUGAAGAUUACCUUGAGGAUAUGAAGGAAUAUCAGACUAACACUGGUGGAGUCUUUGAAGACCUUGAUGAAUUUAUUUACAGACACUUCUUUGGGAGUGCUUAUUCCACACCAUAUGGACCAAGGAGACCUGAAACAAUGCCUCCUUACAAAGAAAGAAAACAGGAACAGAAGCACCAAGCACAAUCUAAAAGGGAAGGUAAAUGGCAUAAGCAUGGGCGUGCCAAUGGAAGACACAUGGCGAAUGUUGAAAUAGAAUUAGGGCAGUUGCCAUUUGAUCCGAAAUAUUGAAUAGCAUGAAUCACUUUCAAUCACAUAGUUUAGUCUUAGAGCCAAGAUAUACAGUUGGUUACUGUUGAAUUUUUAAACCCUUUUCUGCGUCUUACUGCUAGAGAAAACGUGGGGGGACUUCCAAAGAAAGGCACAGCGGUGGGCAGGUCCUUACUGAAACGUAUGUCUGCAUCACAUGAUAGGAGGGGCUGCAGAAUCCUCUGUGACAUCUUUGCA